AUGAAGCAAUCAAAGAAUGUUCCAAUGGGCGAUUUCAAGGCGAAUGUACAGAUCAAGCAUCGUUCCAUCUUCCCAGGGGAUCACAUGUGUUCUGCCGAAGAGGCCAGCUACCUGUUAGAAAGAGCGCUAAACUCAAAAUCACUGGGCAACUUUACACUGUACGUAUUGUCCGACCGUCUCUUGCUUAAGGUCCGAAACAAGAAGGCUAUGCUGCCUUGGUCAGAGAUUCUCCUGUCUACAAUUCUUGAGGUCUACAAGUUUGCCAGCUACUCUUACCUUGCUGUCCUGGCAACUGAGACGCCUGAAAAUCUGAUCUAUGACUUUAUUCUAUUUUCUACGAGUGAGGCGCGCGACAAUCUGAUAAGACUGCUUUCGCAACACUCUAAAUACAGAAACUACCACCUAACCAGCGCUCGGCCUGAAAUCUAUGGCGUGUCUAGUUCAGCAGGACAACUUCACGCGGGUAAUGUCGUCGUCUAUGAGACGACCCCAAACUACGAACUCUCUACGAUAGGCUCGCAGAGACGGGGAACACAGACGAUGUCUGGGGCAAACACUUUGUCCCGGCCGACACUGACGGUCAGGGCGCAGAGCACUCCCUCCCUAAUGUUUCACAAAGUCGAGGGCAAUACGGAAUGGAUCUUUUCCUCCAACGUUUUGCUGCUUUCGCAUCCUGAACUCGGUCCCAACGCCAGAAUGGAUAAAGGGAGCCUAUUGAGUGCCGUUUAUCAGUGUUACAGGGAAAACCUGUUCGGCCAAUAUCAUAUGUGCUGUUACAAUUCAUACUUUUCUUUGCAGCCUCUGGAAGAAACAGCCCCUAAAUUGUUGGAAUCACGGCUGAACUACAAGCAGAUUUUGACGUUUCGAUGCCUCAAUAAGGAGAACAUCCCCGUCGUAUUGCUUCGAGGUAGCUACGAUGGAGAAAUAUUCUUUCAUAUUGUUAUUCAAUUUGAAUUGACAGGCGAGCUUAGGAAUUUUAAGAGAAUCUUUGAAUCGCAACUACGUUACCAUGACCAUACUCAAGAGGAUAUGCAUGUUGCUUCAGGUUACUAUAGUAAGUGA